AUGGUGUCAGAGGCACCAGGCGUACCGUCUUCGCCCUCCACAGAAGUGAGGACUGCGGCGUUGAAGGCGUGGCGAGCAUGGCGGAAGGACAACAAAGGCCCGCUGGAAGAGGUAUUGCAGAACCCUGCGGGGUAUAGUCUCUACAAGGCGAUGAAGGCCUCAUCUGGAGGCCCCGUCCCAAACACUUUCCAGCAGUGGCUGCAACAAAAUGAACACGCGAAAAGAUGGCUGACAUGGCGCCAGGGGUGUCCGGGUCAGCUGCGGGACGUUUUGGCAGAUCCAGAGGGCUGGCGGCUCUUUUCAACCAUGAAACGUGAAAAGGGCCAACCGGUUCCCGAAACGUACGAGGAGUGGCGCGACUUGCCUGAGCACAAGAUCGUCGCGAGCAGGCGGACGUGGUCAGCCUGGCGCCGCGCACAUCCUGGUCCGUUGGCUGCUACCCUGGCGGAUCCUGAAGGCUGGGCUCUCUACCGUCAAAUCAAAGUGUGGGACGGGAAAGAUGUUCCAGAAAGGUAUGAGGACUGGGUGUCUCACCCAACUGUCCGGAAGCAGGCAGCCAUGGAGGCCUGGACCCAGUGGCGGCACGAGCAUGCCGGCCAACUGUCGAAAGUUCUCGCCGAUCCGCAGGGAUGGGCUCUAUACAAAGCGAUGGUCGAGUGUGGCGACAAACGCAUCGAGGCUACAUAUGACGAAUGGAUGGCGAAACGGGACGCCUCCCCGACGUCCUGGGCUGUGUGGCGCAAAUCACACCGCGGCCCUCUAAACGAGGUCUUGAAGGAUCCGGCUGGAUGGGCGGCUUUCACAGCGUACAACACCAAGAAAGGCGUGUCUCUGCCGGCGACUUACGAAGAGUGGGUACAAUUGCCCGAGCAGCAGAAGGGGGCUGCGUCUUUCAAGUGGUCGUCCUGGCGGAAGGCGCACAAGGGUCCCCUUGCGGAAGUUCUCGCGGAUCCGGAAGGCUGGGCUCUCUACGUGAACAUGCUGGAGAAAGGCUCACACGCCCGUGUACGCUCGUCGUACUCUGAGUGGCUCGAAGCCUACCGAGCUGCGAAGAGCCCCGGGAGCAGCUCGGCGCAGUGGCGCCAGUGGCGAAAGGCCCACGAAGGACCGCUGGAGGAAGUUCUCGCGGACCCCGAAGGGUGGAAGCUGUACGCUGCGCACAUGCAGCGCGGAGGCCGUCGGGCGUUUCCGUCCGACUUCACCACGUGGCUCGAGGCGCACCAAGCAGAAGCCAAGUGGACGGAAUGGCGCCGCGCGCAUGCGGGCCCUCUGAAUCGGGAGUUGGCCGAUCCCGAGGGCUGGGAACUGUUUCGAAUGCGCAGCUCUGCGCGAGGGAACGCGGCUGUGCCUGCGACGUACGCGGAAUGGAUGAAGCUUCCCGAACAGCAGGCCUUCGUCGCGGUCGAGGCGUGGGGGGCGUGGCGCCAGGCUCACCCUGGCCAGCUGAAAGACGUUCUUCAGGCAGACGGGAACGGAUGGAUUCUGUACCGCACCAUGCUUCGCGCAGCGGGGAUCGAAGUCCCAGACGACUUGGCCGCGUGGCUCCAAGACUCGGGCAAAUACGUCAAGCUCGCCUGGCAGUCCUGGCGCGACAAGCACAGGGGCCCGCUGCGGCGUGUGCUGGCAGAUCCGCUAGGCUGGCUGCUGUACAAGAGCGUGGUGGAGAGUUCUGGGGCGUCGAUCGAAGAGACCUUUGAGGCCUGGGCGCAAAGCAAGGGGCCGUCCGGGAACGAGUGGAUCAACUGGCGUCGCCUCCACAAGGGCCCUCUGCACGAAGUGCUUCGGGACCCGGAAGGUUGGAAGCUGUAUCGCGAGAACCUGCUUCGCAAGAACGUCUCGGACGUGCCUCAAACCUUUGAGGCGUUUCUGCAGCAGCCAGACCAGCAGAAAGCGGCGGCGACGUCCAAGUGGUCCUCUUGGCGACGGGUCCAUCGAGGGCCCCUCGUCUCGGUUCUCGCGGACAAAGAGGGCUGGGAGUUGUAUGUGAACAUGAUGGAAAAAUUAGGGCAUAAAAUCUGCUCUUCAUUCGAUGAGUGGUGCUCCUCCGCGCAGAUGCACAAAGGUCGCGCGGCACGCGAAUGGCGUGCCUGGCGACGCCUGCACAAAGGCCCGCUGGUUAACGUUCUCGCCGACCCGGAAGGCUGGGCUCUGUACAAAGCCUGGACGGCCGGUUCGUCCAACCGCGUUGCGCACGAGUCCUACGAAGAGUGGUGUCUGCAGAAGGAAAAGGGUCGCGAGUGGCGGGAGUGGCGCGCGAAGCAUCCGGGGCAGUUGAAGACGGUGCUUGCUGAAGGCGAGGGAUGGGAACUUUUCAAAAAGUACAACGAGGCACGAAAUCGCCCAGUCCCCGCGAGUUUCGCAGACUGGCUCGAACAACAGCAACAGGAGCACCAGGUGGAGAAAGACGCGUGGAUUGCUUGGCGCAAAAACCACACAGGCAAGCUAGCAGACGUCCUGGCGGAUCCCGAGGGAUGGCAGCUCUAUCGUAGAAUGAAGGAGACAGCUCGCGAGCCGGUGCCGGCCUCGUAUGCGGAGUGGCUGUAG